AUGACGGUUGAGAAUACCGACUAUAAAAAGCUAGGCGAUCCAGCCCUGCUAAGCAAGAUCGACGCUCUUUUCGCCUGCGGGGUCGGAGAAUAUGUCGACCUACCCCAGAUCGUCGUCGUUGGCGAUCAGUCGAGUGGUAAGAGCUCGGUGCUGGAAGGACUGACAAAGCUACCAUUUCCUCGUGAUAGCGGUUUGUGUACGAGAUUCGCAACACUGAUCACCUUUCGGCGCGCGCAAACAAAGAACAUAUCAAUCUCUAUCAAACCCAAUGCGAAUGCAAGCAGGGAGCACGCCGUAAAGGUGCGAGCAUGGAAGGCUGACUUGGAAGUUCUGGGCCCAGAGUCAUUCGGCAAGAUAAUGAAGGAGGUCCAUGAAGUCAUGGGGCUGUCAGGACAGGAGGGAGAUGGGGAAAGGCAGACGUUCUCCGAUGACGUUCUUCAGUUAGAAAUAUCUGGACCUGAUGAGGAUCACUUGAGUGUGAUUGACGUUCCUGGGAUAUUCAAGAACACGACUGACGGCGUUACGACAAAAAAAGACAUCGAAAUGGUCCGCGACAUGGUACAGAGCUACAUGAAUAACCCUAGGUCGAUUAUGCUCACAGUCGUGCCAGCGAAUGUUGAUAUUGCUACCCAGGAAAUCGUUGAGAUGGCAAGGGAGCUAGACCCGGAUGGCGAGAGAACUCUAGGAGUGUUGACCAAGCCUGACCUUGUGGAUAGGGGAGCAGAGAGAGCCAUAAUCGACAUGAUCAAUGGGAAACGGUCGGGAAAUCGGGUGCAAUGGAGUGUUGUGCGUAACCCGGGGCAGCAGGAUUUGCUCGACCAAAAUACAGAUCGCCUAUCGGAAAGGCGCUUCUUCCGCGACGUAUCACCUUGGAACACCCUGGAAAAGGAUCGCGUUGGUAUCGAUGCCUUACGUAUACGCUUACAGGAAGUUAUCACUGCUCGAACACGCCAUGAGUUUCCCAAGGUUAAAGCUGAAAUUAGCAAGCGUUUGCAAGCCAGCCGCUAUCUGCUGCAAGCACUUGGUACCGAGCGCGACACACCCGAGAAACAAAGGGCAUUCUUAGUUAGCCUAGCGACGCAGUAUGAGAGGGUGACCUCCCACGCAAUGUCCGCUAACUAUGGGGCGGAUGAUCUCUUUGAUAAGCACAAAGGUCUCAGAAUAGCAACUAUUGUAGCCCAAAGAAACGAUAUCUUUGCUAGGAAUAUGCGUCUCGUGGGUCACGAACGCGAGGACGAUUCGAAUUUGGACGUCUUCGGUGACACAGUCAAGAGGACAGUUAAAAUUCGGACAACUGUCGACAGAGACGACUUAGAGGGUAUUCUGCAGCCUCAGGAACACUUGUUCCAACCUGAUUCAAACAUCACAUACUGGUUGGAGACUGUAUAUCAAGCCUCCCGUGGAUUCGAACUUGGAACCUUUGCGUCAACUCUUCUGCCAGCCAUUAUGAAAGAGCAGUCCAAGAAGUGGGAACCGGUAGCAUUAGGCUACAUCAGUGAUAUCAUAAUUAUGGCCCAUUCAUACGUUCUCUGCCUCCUUGAGGCGAUCUGUAUUGAUGAACGAAUGAAAUCUGGUUUAGUGUCUGUACUUAUGGACGGCCUACUCGAUAGGUACGGCAAGGCACGGGAUCAGGUAGUAUUUCUGCUCAGCAUCGAGAGAUCAGGCCCUUCUGCUACAUUAAAUGAUUCUUUUGGUGACAAUUUGCAUAAACGGCGGCAGGGACGCCUCCAAAACGUGGUAGAGAGGAAAGCAGUUUCAGACACUUCCGAAAGUGAAGAAGGGGACAUGGAAGCUGUUCGAACGAAUAACUCGGGCCAUGUCGUCAAGGAGCUACAUGAUAUUCUUAUUUCAUAUUAUGAAGUUGCCCGCAAGCGGUUUGUUGAUAAUGUGUUGCUACAGGCAGCGCAUCACCUGCUCGUGACUGGCCCGGAUACGCCGUUGCGGUUGCUCUCGCCAUCGUAUAUUCUCAAUCUUUCCGAAGAUCAACUUGAAAAUAUUGCAGGCGAAGACCCGAACACGGUACGGAAACGCAGUAACCUGAGAAAGGAAAUAGAGGAACUUGAAAAAGGGAGGAGGAUUCUUCUAUGA